AUGGCGUUGCAACCCAACCAUCUUUCUCAAGACCUUCGUCUUCGGCACUUUGCCGACCAACAACAACAAAUGAACCAACUAACGGAUACCUCAGCUCCUAAUUGGUUAAAUACCGCUCUCCUCCGGCCACCUCAACCCCAGGCUCAUUUCUCAGACCCUAACUUCCUUAACCUUCAUACUACUACAAAUGCGUCAGAGUCAACAUCGGCUUCCCGAGCUCCCAACCAGUGGCUCUCCCAUUCAUCAUCUUCGCUUCUUCCACAUAACCACGGUGAUGCCAUCGAUGACAUGGAAGCGGUGGCGACAGUAGGAGGAGUUGAUAGGGAAUCCAUGGUCGCCGUGGAAUCCGGAGAAUUGAAGAGAAGCAACAGCGAGUUGAAUAAUAACAAUAAGAGCCAAGGUGUUGCAGUGGAAAGCGGAGGAGGAGAUGUGGCUGUAAAUUGGCAGAAUGCAAGGUACAAGGCGGAGAUACUUGCCCACCCUUUGUACGAGCAGCUAUUUUCUGCACACGUGGCGUGUCUGAGGAUCGCCACGCCGGUGGAUCAACUUCCGAGGAUCGACGCUCAGCUGGCUCAGUCACAGCAAGUGGUGGCUAAGCACUCGGCUCUGGAUGGUGGGGCCCAAGGCUCGGUCGGUGAUGAGAAAGAGCUUGAUCAAUUCAUGAUGCAUUAUGUUCUGUUGCUAUGUUCAUUUAAAGAGCAAUUGCAACAACAUGUUCGGGUCCAUGCAAUGGAAGCGGUCAUGGCUUGCUGGGAAAUUGAGCAAUCCUUACAGAGCUUAACAGGAGUAUCUCUAGGGGAAGGUACAGGAGCAACAAUGUCGGAUGAUGACGAAGACCAAGUAGAGAGUGAAGCCAACUUGUUUGAUGGCAGCUUGGAUGGUCCAGAUUCAAUGGGAUUCGGGCCUCUGGUCCCAACAGAGAGUGAAAGGUCUUUGAUGGAGCGUGUGAGGCAAGAACUCAAACAUGAACUCAAACAGGGUUACAAGGAGAAGAUUGUGGACAUUAGGGAAGAAAUCUUGCGCAAGAGAAGGGCGGGAAAACUUCCUGGUGACACUACUUCAGUUUUAAAAGCAUGGUGGCAAUCGCAUUCCAAGUGGCCAUACCCGACUGAGGAAGAUAAGGAAAGGUUGGUUCAGGAAACAGGUUUACAAUUAAAGCAAAUAAACAAUUGGUUCAUCAAUCAGAGGAAGAGGAACUGGCAUAGCAAUCCAUCCACUUCAACCGUCUCCAAGAACAAACGGAAAAAGUAAGGUGAAUAACGCAUGUCUUCUUCGUAAUAUAAGCAUGGAUGACAACUUUUAAAGGAACCUGAACACGAAAUUAAGUAAUGCAGUUUAGAAUCUAUAUUUACUGUUAAUUUAUAAAGUAAAUUCCUUUGGCAGACGGGCAGAUAGUGAUUUUUUGUUCCUUUUGUUUCUUCGUAUAUGUGAAUAAGGAUUGUAAGAUGGUGUGAGUAUACAGCUUGAAGAUCUGAAAAUAAAAUAAUUUAUUGCUAGAA